UAUAGAUUGCAUCAGAUAAAAUAACAAGAAAAUACAGACCAUACUCCCCUACGUCCAUGACAAAUGCUUAUCAUGCUAUUAAGGAGCAUCAGAUGUCUGUAUGGAAAGCAGCUAGGGUUUACUGUGUUCCGGAAACCACACUUCGACAAAGAGCAUUGGGGAGAGUUGACCCUGAGAAACUAACGUCUGGAGUUUCUCCUGUUCUUUCGCUAGAGGAAGAAGCUGCAUUUGUUGACCAUUUAAAGGUUAUGGCUAGUUGUGGCUACGGCUACACUAGAUCAGAAGUAGUCAACAUGGCCUCAGAAUAUGCCUGCAGUUUGCAGAAACGUGACAGAAAUCAUCCAUUUUCAAUGAAGUGGUUCAAAGGCUUUAUGAUGCGGUGGCCAGAACUGAAUGUUUCAAAGCCUCGCGCAUUAUCAGCUGCCAGGGCAAAGUCAACCUCUGAAGAAGUAGUGUCAAAUUACUAUCGAGAAUUAGACACCAUUCUUAAGAAGUACGACCUAGUCGAUAAACCUCAGUGCAUAUACAACAUUGAUGAAAAGGGGUUACAAACAGAACACAGACCACCCUGCAUUGUGGGCUCUAAGAUGUCAACAACACCUGCUAUAACAUCUGCCAGAUCUUCUACAGUAACUGUCAUAGGUUGUGGCAAUGCGUUAGGUACACAGAUGCCUCCGUAUUUCGUUUUCCAAGGGGCUCGAAUGAGACAGGAAUUGAUGGAAGGUGCAUCGGAGGGUGCUCAAGGCACAGUAACAGACAGUGGUUGGUCGAACUCUGAAGUCUUUCAGACUUAUUUAUCUGAACAUUUUCUUAAAUAUGUCCAAAGACCGAAUGAAAACCAACCUAUCCUAAUUCUUUACGACGGACACAGAUCACACAUUAACCUCACGCUUGUUGACUGGGCAAAGCAACAUAAUAUUGUUUUAUUUGUUCUGCCUGCCCAUACAAGCCAUGUUCUUCAACCUCUAGACCUUGGAUGUUUUGGCCCAUUUCAAGAAAUCUAUAAUGCCGAGUGCCAUAAAUUUUUACGUGAGAAUCCAUCUUCAAAAAUUACAAGAUAUAAUAUUUGCUCAUUAGCUUGUAAAGCGUAUGCACAUGCUCUUUCACAAGGAAAUUUGCAGUCCUCAUUUCGACGCGCUGGAAUUUUCCCAUUCGAUAAAAAUGCAGUGGACCCUUCCAAUUUUGCUCCUUCUAUAGUUUUUUCCGCAGCAGAACAAUAUCCAGACCAAGAUGCAAGUUCUUCAACUCAAGCAAUUCCAAGCACCUCUGAUCCCAAAUCCUUCUUUAAACUACAUACAAACCCAAUUUUCAACAAAACAAAAUCUGUUCUAACUGAAAAAAGAAACAUUAGCAAAGUUGUAAGUGGUAAACCAAUUACAGAGGACAGUGUUUUGCAAGAAAUAAAAAAUUAUUCUACAACAAAACAAACAUCAAAAAGAAAAGAAAAAACGACUUCUACAUGUAAGGAUUUAUGCAGAAAGAAAAGAAAACACGGUGUGUCUGAACAGCCUGAAUCCUCUGAUGCCGAUGACACAGAAGAUGAAAAAGAGAAGUGCUGUGUUUGUAAACACUUUUGGCCAGAGGAGAUUAAGGACUGCGACUUAGUUGUUUUUGUAAAGUGGGCUCAGUGUAGCUUUGAAAAAUGCGACCAUUGGACCCACUUGCAGUUUUGUUGCGCAACUAAAGUAAUUAGACGGGGUGACGAAUUUAUCUGUCCCUGCCAUAAUAAUAAAUAA